AUGGCCCUACCAGGCUCUAGGAGCAGUGGGGGUGGGCAGCCUGGCACCCCCAUCCUGCACCACCCUCUCUGCCCCUGGGGGCUGGAGGGCUCUUCUCGCCAGCGCUCUUGCCCUGGGUUCCUGAGUCCUUGGUACCCCCCCUCCUUCUACCCGCAUGAUCCCUGCCUCCGAACCCCCUUCUCGGUUUGUUCAUUUGUGAAUGCUGCGUCCUGUCCUGGUGACAGGAGAACAAUGUUGGUGAUCGCAGAGGGUGUCCGUGUGCUCCCUGCACUCCUGGAAACGGUGGGGCGGAAGCUGGGUCGGCCGGCAGCCUGGCGAUAGCGCUCUAUCUGCGCCGCGGGCUCGGCCUCCGGGUUAUUUCUGGCGGGGAGGCAGCAAUGCGGUCGGUCCGCGGGCACGCUCGAGCCUGGCAGGGGCGGGGCGGCCUUAUCGCCUGCUUCUGAGGCCAUUGCCUCGUGCUCCAGAGCUAGCCUCGCCAUCCUCUCGCCAUGGGCUCCGGUGAGUCUGGGGUCGGAGAUGCUCGGUCCUUUUGGCCUUAGUCGAGAGAUACCUGGGUCAGACUCAGCGGGGACUUCCAACCUGAACCCUGCCAGGUGGCCCGCUGGCCGGCCUCAUCGUGGCGCUUCCCUUCUAGGGCCGCGCGGCGCGCUGAGCCUGCUGCUCCUGCUGCUCGCGCCGCCGAUCCGCCCGGCCGUGGGCUGUCCCGCCGCGUGUCGCUGCGCGGGGACGCUCGUGGAUUGCGGGCGUCGCGGGCUGACCUGGGCCUCGCUGCCCGCUGCCUUCCCGCCAGACACAACCGAACUGGUGCUGACAGGCAACAACCUGACGGCGCUGCCACUCGGGCUGCUGGACGCGCUGCCGGCGCUGCGUACCGUGCACCUGGGAGCCAACCCCUGGCGCUGCGACUGUCACCUGGUGCCGCUGCGCGCCUGGCUCGCCGACCGACCCGAGCGCGAGCCCUACCGCGAUCUGCGCUGCGCGGCGCCCCCGGCGCUGCGCGGCCGCCUGCUGCCCUACCUGGCGGAGGAAGAGCUGCGUGCCGCCUGCACGCCCGGCGCGCUCUGCCACUGGGCACUAGCGGCGCAGCUCCUGCUUCUCGGCCUCGGGCUGCUGCACGCGCUGCUGCUGGCGUUGUUGUUGUGCCGCCUGCAGAGGCUGCGCGCCCGCGUCGCGCGCAGGUGGGCGCUAAUCACACCACUGGCGGCUGAGCCCACGGCAACCGAGCAGAGCUACUGACGGGACCCGCCGCGAGCGCGUCCUCCACUGGCACAGUCUCCCUGACAUGCCUCCGCAGCCCCAGCACAGGAGCCCUGCAGCUGCGAACGCACCGCCGGCGAGGGAACCCACGCCCUGGACGCUGGGGCGGGCCAGGGUCCAGCUGCCGCCUAGACCUGCCGAGCCACCUAUGCCAUCUUCAGUGCGAAUAAACCCUGCUCCCCUCUGGCA